AGGUAUAUUAUUGUCUGGCUGUUUGGCUUCUAUCUUCUAGUACUGUGUGUCAGGUGGCCGGCUAAACCAAAUCUACUUACACGAAUAAAAUGGCAGACGUUAGCAAAGAAGAACUUGAAAAAGAGAUUGCCAAGAUACUAAAAAAUGCGGAUUUGGCUAAGACAUCAACAAACAAAGUCAUUCAAAAGCUUGAGGAAGUAUUUGAGGUGGAACUGGCUGAGAAAAAGAAAAUGAUAGACCAAAUGGUGAUAGAGUAUGUGAAUGCACAAGGCUCUGAUGAUGAAAAUGAUGAGGAAGACGAUGAUGAUGAGGAGGAGGAAGAAGAAAAACCAAAGAAAACAACCAAGCGUGCUGCACCUGUCUCCAAGAGAUCCACCAAGAAACGCAAAGAUUCAUCUGAAGAUGAAGAAGACAACAGUGACAGUGAAUAUGAGAAGGAGAAGCCUAAGAAGAAGAAGGGUAAAAAGAAGGAUUCAGAUGACGACUUUGAUGGCGGCCGGGGCAAGAAAGACAAAAAGAAGGCACCCAAAACAAAAAAGGCGGGCGGCCGUGGAAAGGGAGGUGGCUACACACGCGCUUAUAAGCUAUCGCCAGCGCUAUCUGCUCUCAUGGGCGCCGAUGAGAUGCCGCGCCACGAAGUCGUUAAACGUGUCUGGGCUAUCAUCAAGGAGAAGAAACUGUACGACCCCAACAACCGCCAGUUUGCCAUUUGCGAUGACGCCCUCUACAAGGUUAUUGGGACCAAGCGCUUCCGCACAUUUGGCAUGAUGAAGUACCUCAAAUCACACUUCAUCGAUGAGUAAACCUUUUUCGAUACCUAGUUUGUCGAUUGGCGUGGGUUUAUGAAUUGGAAGUAAGAGACUUAUUUGCAUCAGAAUAUUGAUUGUAUAUUAAAUAAAGUGUGACUUAAGAGGUAUUUCCAAUAAGUAUAACAAUUUGAUGAUAUUGACAGCUCUAAUUUUGUGUUUUUUUUUUAUUAAUAAAAAUAUCAUAUUGACUUACAAGUUAUCAAUUUUUGUUUAAAAUCGUUGGUACCUCCAUAUGAGGGAAAUCACUGAGUGUGAUUGAUUCUACUCAAGAUAUGGAAUAGUAAAGUGUUAUUUUUCAUUUCUUUUAUGUUUAUAUAUUGCUUUUUCGGUUAAUGUAUUACUACUACUAGAAAGGUCCAAAAU